GACGACUCCCGCUGUCUUGUUCCCUCUCCCUGGCGUCGAGAGCAAGAGAUCCUCUAAUUUAUAGAUAAAUUGGGCUUAUUUUAAGUUUGAGAAUCUCUUACUAUCCACGCAAGGGAGUAAAAGUGCAGUACUUCAUAUGUGUGUGUUAGUGUGUGUGUAUAUAUGAUAUGGAUAUUGUAUGUGAACCUCCCACCUUCUCUUCCUGCUGUUUGUACCUAUGGAUCGAUCAAACAAGACAGGGACCAAAACUAGUACUAGCUGUUCCUCUCUUAAUCUUGAUCGAUGCUUCAAGCUACCCAAUAGCUCAUCACCACCUGGUUCACCGACAUCUCCUUCUGUGAAGAAGAAGCCGCUGGUGGUUUGCUUUGGGGAAAUGUUGAUUGAUUUUGUGCCAACUGUAUCUGGAGUUUCGCUUGCACAGGCAGAUGCUUUUAAGAAAGCUCCUGGUGGAGCUCCUGCUAAUGUUGCUGUCGGCAUAGCAAGAUUAGGAGGUUCCUCGGCUUUCAUUGGCAAGGUAGGUGACGAUGAAUUUGGUCGCAUGCUAUCUGAUAUUCUGAGGCAAAAUAACGUUGACAAUUCUGGCGUCCGCUUUGAUCCUGAGGCAAGGACUGCACUGGCCUUUGUUUCACUGAGAGCUGAUGGCGAGCGUGAAUUCACAUUUUAUCGCAAUCCAAGUGCUGAUAUGCGUCUUUCCAGAGCAGAACUUGACAGAAACCUAAUUCAGAAGGCAACAAUAUUUCAUUAUGGCUCGAUCAGUUUGAUCGAGGAACCAUGCAGGUCAACUCACCUUGCUGCAAUGAAAAUUGCCAAAAAAUCGGGCUGCAUUCUCUCUUAUGACCCGAAUCUGAGACUGCCCCUGUGGCCCUCGAAAGAGGCUGCUCAAAAAGGCAUCAUGAGCAUAUGGAAUGAAGCUGACAUUAUCAAGAUAAAUGAGGAAGAAACUGCAUUCUUGAUGGGAGGGGAUGAUCCUAAUGAUGACGAUACGGUGUUUAAUAAGCUUUACCACCCAAAUCUUAAGCUUUUGAUUGUUACUGAAGGGGCACAGGGCUGCAGAUACUUCACCAAGGAAUUUAAGGGCAAGGUUUCUGGUCUUAAAGUUGAGGCUGUUGACACAACGGGUGCAGGUGAUGCUUUUGUUGGUGGAGUGCUGAACAGCUUGGCUUCACACCCUAGUUUGUUCAAGGAUGAAAAAAGUUUGAUCGACACACUUGUGUUUGCGAAUGCCUGUGGUGCUAUCACGGUGACAGAAAGAGGAGCUAUUCCAGCUCUGCCCACUAAAGCAGCCGUUCUCCGACUUCUGCAAGACACUAUUCCUUAACAAGAGAGACAACUACCAUAUUCGUAUAUGUGUGUUUUAUGUACAUAUAUGUGUGUGCUCAUAAACGCGCGUGUGCUUAUGUAUUUAUUAUUGUGUGAUAUAUGUGUAUAUAAUAUAACCCACAUCAAGGGUUAUACAAAUUUAUAUGCGUGGGAAAUCUAUGUAUGUAUAUUUGAUUUUUACCGAACACAUGAUGGAUUGAAACAGAGUCUUGCGUGGAGAAACUCUCGUGUAAAUAAAAUGAAAACUUUGAUUCCA